AUGGAAGGGUACGAAACUUUAGGCAUCCUCGGGGAGGGGACGUACGGCGUCGUCGUCAAGGCGCGCCACCGCGCCACCGGCCGAAUUGUCGCCAUCAAAAAGUACAAGCAGGCGGAGGACGACGAUCACGUGCGUAAGACUUCUCUGCGAGAGGUGCGGGUGCUGAAGCAGCUCCGUCACCCGAACAUCAUCUCCUUGCUGGACGUGUUUCGCCGCGACGGGAAAUUGUAUCUUGUUUUUGAGUACGUGGAGAACACCAUUCUGCAGCUUAUCGAGGAGAAGCGCCACGGCUUGUCCCCGGAGGAGGUGCGGCGCUACACCUACCAGCUGCUGAAUGGGGUGGAUUACUGCCAUGCGCACAACAUUGUGCACCGCGAUGUUAAGCCAGAGAACAUUUUAGUAUCAAAAGAUGGAGUUUUGAAGUUGUGCGAUUUUGGGUUUGCGCGGCAGUUGAGUGCCAAAGGGAAGUACACCGACUACGUCGCCACCCGCUGGUACCGCGCCCCCGAGUUGCUAGUUGGGGACGUCUCCUACGGCAAGCCGGUAGACAUCUGGGCCAUUGGCUGCAUCUUUUCCGAGCUCUCCGACGGCCAGCCGCUCUUCCCUGGGGACUCCGACUUAGACCAGCUGGCCCUCAUCAUGCGCAGCUGUGGGCCCGUGCCAGAGCGAAUGGUGGACAUCUUCGAGCGCAACUCCCUGUACCGUCGUGUGGCCUUCCCGGCAACCCCGCUGGAGGAAUCCUUGCAACGGCGCUUUUACGGUAGCAAGGCGUCGUGGUUGGACUUCUUGACGGCGUGCCUACGCACGGAUCCAGUCGAGCGGCCCUCUUGUGCGGCACUGAUGAAUAUGCCGUACUUCACGGAGGACAAUUUUCGGGUAGAGUACGACGCAGAGCUGCGGGCGCUCUAUGCGCAGUACCAAACACCAGCCGUGGACGCGGCAACCGUCACCUGCCCCACCGUUGUGCAGCCCAAGGCGCCGUUGUCCUCUAGCGAGGUGGAGGAAGGCGGAGAGCUGGUCUUGCCGCUGCUGGCCCUGCAGCCGAAGGGGCUGGAGGUGGAGGACGGGUGGUCGGCUGGGAAUAAGGCGACGGCGGUGGGCGUUAGCGUGGCAAACGGGGGGCACGAGCCCUCCCCCUACCAGCAGCUGGGGACGCUGUGGAGCCACUACCUGGGCUCGACGGUGAGUGGCGGGGGGACCAGCAGCACCGGGGAGCUGCCGACGAUUGGCACGCGGCAGAUGCAAACCCACCACACGAUGGCCACGCCCAUCUUCAACGGCGGUAAGACGGCGGCCAAGCUGGAGCACAAAGGCAGCCAGGAGACGCCUGCUAGUCCGCUGCAGACGCUGAAGGUGGCCGGUGGCACGACGCACGGCACGGUUCAACCCCACUCGCCCUUGAGCCAACAGGGCUCGAAGGUGGGUGGCGUGCCGCAGGCAAACUCCACGCUUCCCCGCAAAAACAGGAAGAAUCAAAACUUCGCCGUCUCCAAGAGCGACCCGGCGGGUGGAUGGAAAUUUGGUUCCCUGAAAAAGUCAAUUAAGUUCGCGUACCCCAUGUUUCCCGCGCUACCAAGCGGCAGCAGCUCGCCUGUGCCGACGGCGUUCACCUCCACCAACAGCGUGGCUCUCAAUGCCCUCUCCGUCAUGCGGGACGCAAACACCAACACGGUGCCGAAGACAAUGCACAACUCUCACAGCAACACGGUGACCACGACGACCACGAUGACCCCCACCACGACGGUUAACGCCGGCACUGGGGAUGGGGCCGUCGGCGUCAGCAACAACCCCCUGCGGCACAAGAAGAAGCAGACGAAGCGGACGCAGGCGCUAGGAGGCGUGUCAGGCUCGCCCCCGCGAGUUUCGGGCAACAAUAAUUCCUACCACAGUGUGACGGGGCAGAAGUGCUCUCUUCACGAUGUUCCAUUAAAAAGGUAA